GCGGAAGAUGGCUGAUGGCUCAACCUAUCGUCGGUCGCCAUUCUCACCGCCUCAAGCACAGAACCAAUUCCACCCUGUUCACCUCAUGCGUCUCCAAGGGGCCACGUUAAAGCGGCGAGCUAUACCUCUCCAGCCAGAGAGAUAAGCAUGGCGUUGUCCCCGACACCUCUCCUCUCCUCCAGACACCAUCACAUACGCUUCUUUGCGACUCCUUCAGCACCUUACAGCCUGAUCUUCACUCGCCGCUUCAAAGUACAUCAACACCAGCCCCCUGUCAAUAUGUCUGACAACACCACCUGCGCUAGCGGCUUCGACCGCUUCCUUGCCAGUCUCGACGCCCCUGAGCACGCCGCCGACACGAGCUACAUGGAUCUCCUCGAUUCUACUGGCUAUGACGGAUUGAACUACGACCAUGGCGCUCUUGGCGCUGCCGAGUCCCUGGAGCCGUGAGACUUUUUUUUUACCAUUUGCUAACAAAGAGGGUGUCAUUUCGGUUCCUCAAGCUUCACUGAACGAUGUCAACAUCAUGAAUCUGCAGACCCACACGCUAUGGGGGAUUGGAUGUAAGUUGCCCAGCCCAGUGUCUUUCCCUUUCCGUGACUUACGCGGCGACAGUGUGGACAAGGCUGUCCACCCUUUCCCACCCAUCCCGGAAGACGGCAGCGCUUAUGAUCCUCCAAUCGUCCAUGCCUCUUCAACUUCUGACCUAGAGAUGCCUCUGUCCUCCACUACUGCUUCAGAGGAGCCUGCGGGGAAACAACAGAGCUCCAUCUGCGCAGAAUACAGCUAUGAUUCUCGAGAUGUCUGGUGGCUGGAAUAUCACGCGAGACAAAACGAUCACAAAGCGUUUCCCUGCUCUGUUCCAGGUUGUAAGGAAGGCUUCUUGAGAAAUAAUGAAAGGGAUGCACACCAACGUAGACCACACCUACAAGGUCAUGGUCAUGUGCAGCUAGACCAUCCUCUGACGUGUGCGGAAUGUACGAUGAAGUUCUGCAGCAAAGCAAAACUCGAGGGACAUGCCAACGAGGCACAGCACAGCCCGUUUGCCUGUAUAUGCGGCAAGACAUUCGCUCGGCUUGAUGUUCUGAACAGACAUCUCGAUUGUCUGGGGAGCGACCUUCCCAAAUUUCCAUGUCAGUUCUGCAAACGUCACCGGGGCAAGGACGGAUUCCGACGCAGAGACCAUCUUCUGCAGCACAUCCGGGGAUAUCACAAAUUUGAGGCAGAGGGAAAGAUUGAUUGCAUAUUGCCUUCUCGACGAGGCGAGCACCUGGCACCGCCAGUCUGUUCGUAUCAAAGUUGCCCAAAAUAUCGCGAUAACAGCUUCACCAAGUUAGGUGUUGAAGAACAGCAGCGGACAAAGCCAUUUGCGUCGCAGUCAGAGUACACAAAGCACAUGAAGACCGCCCAUAACUUCACGCCGUUCCCCUGCACCAUGUCAGGUUGCAACAAGACAGGUUCCAAGGGCUAUGUUCGGGAGAAGGACCUUAUCAAUCACAGAAAGAAAGAGCAUCCUGACGCAGCAGGCUACGUACCAGAAGCUCGAGACCUAAGAAUCGCUUGUCGUUAUCCAAACUGCCAGGACAGGCUUCUUUCAAGCAGCAUGAGAAACCAUGUUGAAAUGCACCGAUAUCACGAAGGGCGUUUGGCCAGCCAAAAACAAUAAGUAUUGGGUUGAAACAAAUGGUCAAUUUGUUCAGAUGGUCAACGAGGCGAUGCCCCUGGGUCAGAUUUCGGUUUCCAAUGGCCCUCGACCCAACACGUCUUUUUCACAGUAUUCAUUUGUGUUUUUCCUAGUUCUUGUCAAUCCAUGUUUUUGAGUAGCUUGUCUCAUUGCACCACUUUUUCCCCUUGUUGGUUAUCAUGUUUUAGUAUUGGGGUUGGUAGUGACUGGUAUCGACUGUGGUGGGGUUACGAGAAAUGCAAGAAACAGCGCCAUGGGAACCAUUUCGAAUUGCUGGUAAGGAUCGGAUAUAGACUGUAGCCCAAGGGAAUGCAACGUCUGUUUUUGUCGUCUCCUUGAAAACUUCAGCGAUAAUUGAAGCUCCCGUUUAAAAUUUUGACCUGGCUAUUACGUCGUCCAAGCCUGCAGCAGCCACGUUUUCUUGCUUUGCUCAUCCGUCCACAGCCGUGGG